UAACGCGCAACGUCCUAGUAACAGUGUCCAAAAUGUUGUGGAUUUUGGUAUCAAUUGCAAUAAUUGCACUUUCCUAUUUAUUCCUAAUCCGGCCGUUCAAAUACUGGACGAACCUUGGCGUGGAGCAAGGGAACCCAGUGCCCGUAUUUGGGCACAGUUGGGGCACAAUUGUCCACACACAAUCUUUUGCUGAUUUGGUCCAAAUGGUGUACAAUAUCGCGCCAGGUGCCAGAUACAGUGGAAUGUAUCAGUUUUUCACACCAACUCUCGUACUGAAAGACCCGGAUUUGAUCAAACAAAUUGCGGUAAAGGAGUUUGAUUCGUUUUUAAACCAUCGCAGUUUUAUUCCGGAAGACGUUGACCCGUUGUGGAGCAAAAACCUUUUCUCUUUGACUAAUCAGAAGUGGAGGGACAUGAGGAGUACCUUGAGUCCAGCUUUCACUAGCAGUAAAAUGAAGUACAUGUUUGUAUUAAUUUCCGAAAGUGCGGAGCAAUUCAUUGGCCACUUUUUAAAACAAAAGGAAGAUGUAAUCACAAUUGAGAUGAAAGAUACGUUUACCAGAUUUACGAAUGAUGUUAUUGCAAACACAGCUUUCGGUGUAAAAAUUGAUUCGUUGGAAGAACGCAAUAACGAAUUUUAUUUGAUGGGGAAAGAAGCUACAGAUUUUAAAGGGUUUUGGAGAAAUCUGAAAUUUUUGAUACUUUUAUCAUGUCCCACGUUGUUUAAAUAUUUAGGGAUCAAUUUCUUUCCCAAGGCUGUUAGUAGCUUCUUUCGAAGACUGGUCAAGGAUAAUAUUAAUAACAGAGAGAAACAUGGCAUUGUCAGACCCGACAUGAUCAAUCUAUUAUUAGAAGCGAGAAAAAAUGGUUUGAAAAAUGAAGAACAAGAGCCAAUUUUAGACACUGGUUUUGCCACAGUCGAGGAAUCAGAUAUUGGGAAAAAUGGUGCAAUCAAACAAAAAAUAACCGACGACGACAUAACAGCCCAAGCUCUUCUCUUUUUCUUUGGUGGUUUCGACUCAGUUUCUUCGCUAAUGUGCUUCAUGUCUUACGAACUUGGAAUUAAUCCUGACGUCCAGGAAAAACUCCACCAAGAAAUUGACGAGACUUUGGAAGCCUGCAAGGGAAAGCUGACAUACGAAGCUUUGAUGAAAAUGAAAUAUAUGGACAUGGUGAUCUCUGAAACGUUGAGACUUUGGCCCACGGCUGUGGCCUCCGACCGCCUUUGCAACAAACCCUACACAAUCGAGCCCAAAGACCCGACAGAAAAACCAAUCCACUUGGAGAAAAACUCAGUCGUGUGGAUUCCAAUUUUUGCCAUUCAUAGAGACCCUCAGUAUUUCCCAGAACCCAACCGUUUCGACCCGGAGAGAUUCAGCGAUGAAAAUAAAAAUAACAUUAACCCUUAUGCGUAUAUGCCUUUCGGUGUCGGCCCUAGGAAUUGCAUUGGAUCCAGAUUUGCUCUUCUUGAAACCAAAGCUCUGUUCUUCCACAUUUUGUCCAAAUUUGAAAUUGUGCCAAUCGAGAAGACAGAAAUACCGUUGCAGCUCAAUAGAAAGUCCUUCAGCAUGACGGCCGAAAACGGAUUUUGGUUUGGGCUCAAACGACGCGAAAGCAACAAAUAAACAUGCUUUUAACAGAAGUCAGUUUUUGAUUGUUUUUAAUUAAUAUAACACGUACUGUAUACUCAUUUAAAUAUACUUAGGUAGCGACUUUUGUUUGAUUUUUCGACAGUAUUAAAAAUAAAUAAAACUUGUAUCAGUGAAAAUUACAUAAGAUAACACAAAUAACACUACAAAGAUGAAGAUACGUAGAACUUGUCUUUUUGAGCUGGACCGAGCUGUGCUAGAUCUUGAUUUGCUUUGCUUAAAAAUUUAGCUCUGAUAUUUUACCUGUUACCAUAAUCUGAGAUAGUACCUGACGAGAUGACAGAAAUUCAGUUUACAAAAAAACAAGAAGUUCUUUAAGUAAAAUAAAUUUUAGUUUUGAAUUUAUUAUGUAUUGUGUAUUGUAUUGUAUUAAUUUUUGUCCAAAAGCCACUUUAAAAUAAAUUUAUUUUAUAAGGUUCUUCAGGAAUGGAUAAUAAAAUAUCAA